AUGGCCGGGGCUUUGCAGCAGUCUAUGGACAUUCUUAGAGUUGAGAAUCAAGUUCAAGCCCAGAUUGCUGAGGCAGGGUUGUCUUUCUUAAAAAGGGAGUUUUUCCAGUCUAAUCCAGAUGAGUUUUUGGGGGAUCCGAAGGAGCUACUGAAAGUGGAUGAAUGGCUCGAGCAGAUGGUGAAGAUAUUCAAGAUGCUUGGCAUCGAAGAUGAUGGUUUAAGGGUAACCUUGGAAUCCUUCCAGUUGAAGGGAGAUGCAGCUACACCAAACAAGACCAAUAUGGAUGUCUUGGAAACUUCAUUAGACAACCUUGAGCAACGGGUUCAUGAUCUUGAGCAAACUCAUGGCCUUACUCAAGGGCAAGAUUGGGAGGAUGUUGUCACUGAACUCAAGCUAGAAAUUGAAGAUCUUAGUGGCCGGGUUGGUGUUCUUACCCGUGCCUUUGGCAAUGCACAUUGUGGUGGCAUGGAAUUCCCUAGGGUGCGUGUGCCCGAGCCCCGUGCCUACAGUGGCGCCCGACAUGCCAAGGAGUUAAACAACUUUCUCUUCGAUAUGGAGCAAUAUUUCAAAGCUAUGAAAGCCGAAGUCAAGGAAACAAGGAUUUCUAUGGCCACAAUGUAUUUGUCCGGUGAUGCCAAGUUGUGGUGGUGGACUAAACAUGAUGAGAUACAACAUGGCUUAUGCACAAUUGAGACUUGGGAGCAACUUAAGCAUGAACUUAAGCUCCAAUUCUUCCCUGAAAAUGCUAAGUAUAAUGCCCAGCGUCCUUUGCAGGAUCUCAAGCACACAAGCACUAUAACAGAAUAUGUGAAACAAUUCUCUAGGCUUAUGCUAGACAUCAAAGACAUGUCAGAGAAAGACAAGCUCUUCUUCUUUCUUGAGGGAUUGAAAUCAUGGGCCAAAGUUGAACUUCAAAGGCAAAGAGUAAAAGAUUUAGCCUAUGCACAAGCAGUAGCUGAGUGCCUUACGAACUAUGCUGAACCUAAUCAACGGGACAGUGGUUCCCCGCACAAGAGUAGGGGAGGUGGAAAGUCCCAAGGCCGUGGCAUACCUAAGAGUGGGGGAGCCAACACUUCUACAUCCAAAACCCAUUCGUGUGGAGGACAAUGGCAACAGAAGAGCUAUGGUGACAAGGCAAAAGCCCCUCAACAGUUCUCUACAAACAAAGCAAAGGUCCCUAUCGCUUGUUUCUUAUGCAAUAGGCCACAUCGGUCAUCUAAAUGUCCACAAAAGCAUGCCUUGAAUGUUUUAGCAGCAGUGCCUGACCAUGUCUCUCAACCAAGUGACGAUGAUAGUGAGGAAGAAGACGUGCAGUCUAGGCGAAGUGGCAAGGGUUCCAAGGCAGCUGGCUCUAGAGUGGGAGCCUUUCAUAUGAUGAAUGCCAUGGAGAAGAAGGCUUCUACAAGAAGGUCUAAGAAGAAUGCCAAGAGUGGCAAAGUGGGCAAGCAUUUAGAUCCUAAACAACUUGUGGAGGCUAAAGAUGAAGACAAAGGGAAGAAACCCAUAUAUAGUGGGGAAUCAUCAGGCAAGUUGAACAAGAGCAAGUCAUCUAACAAAGGUUUGAUGUUUGUGGAUGUAAAACUCAAUGGGAAGCCCCUCUGUGCUUUGAUUGACACCGGGGCCACCCGCAACUUUGUUGCAGGGACUGAAGUUGAAAGACUUGGGCUAUCUUUAGAUAAGGAUGGCAGCCACAUCAAGGUGGUUAACUCGGCUGUGCAGCCCAUCUAUGGGAUUGCAAAAUCUGUUCAUUUGAAGGUCAGCAUUUGGGAAGGAAGAGUAGACUUCACUGCAGUAACCAUGGAUGACUUCCAAGCCAUCCUUGGGUUGGAUUUCUUGAGAAGUACAAAGACGGCAGUCAUGCCUUAUUCUAAUAGUAUGUGUGUCAUGGGGGACAAGCCAUAUCUUAUUCCUGCUAUGGCCGCCAACAACAGUGACCGGUUUGUCUUAGCUAUGCAACUCAAGAGGGGUGUUAGGCAUGAUGAACAAACUUGGGUUGCCACAUUGAAGUUGAAUAAAGCUCUUGAAUCUACUCCUGUCCCAUCCGCAAUCAAGAAGGUCUUAAGGCAAUUUUCAAAUAUUAUGCCUAAACAAUUGCCUAAGGAAUUGUCUCCACGUCGAGGUGUGGAUCAUGAUAUUAAGUUGGUGCCAGGGGCAAAGCCACUAGCUUGUGCACCAUAUAGAAUGGCUAUUCCUAAAUUGAAUAAAUUAAGGAAGCAACUUACAGAGUUAUUGGAAGUAGGCUUCAUUAGGCCACCCAAGGCCCCAUUUGGUGCACCUGUCUUAUUCCAAAAGAAGCAUGAUGGUAGUCUUUACUUAUGUGUGGGUUAUCGGGCCCUCAAUAAGCUAACCAUCAAGAAUAAGUAUCUCAUUUCCCUAAUUGCAGAUUCAUUUGAUCAAUUAAGCAAAGUGAUGUACUUCACAAAGCUAGAUCUUCGAUCAGGUUACUCAAGACUAGCUUCUCCAUUGACAGAGUUGCUAAAGAAGGGCAAGCCAUAUGUUUGGGCAGAAGAGCGCCAACAAGCCUUUCAAGCCUUGAAAGAAGCUAUGUCAAAAGACCCUAUUCUUGCUCUACCUGACUUAGGAUGGUCACACAAUUGCCUAUGA